GCGCUGGGGUUUCAGUCCUCAGCGGUAACUCGUACAGUGAACAUCACGACCCCGAGAGCAAAUUAAUGAAUAUUUAACUGAACGGUGAUGGUCAGGCCUUGAGUUUUAUUUAGUGUUUAUUUGAACAGUUAAGCCAGAGGAACCGGUUCAACAGCUGAUUGCACUGUGUUUGCAAAAGCGUCAUCAUCGUCAUAAGGCAGUGAACGAAAUCAAGAAUUUUGAACUUUGAAACUUUGGUGCGGGCACAAAGCGAAGUGACAAAUCAGUUCAGUGCGUGGUGUAAUAAUAUUUAGGAAUAUCGCAUUCAGUCGACUGCCUGCUUGUGCGGUAGACAGUGAAAUUGUUAAACUGAACCUUCGAGGAACGCAACCGAGGGAUCGCUGAUCAAAACACUUUGAACGUUAUUCCCUCAAAUCAAGCUUAAGUGAAACUAAUUGUGACCCAUUGUGCUCAGUGACAAAAAAGUAUGCCUCUUUCGCGAAAUAAAAUAAAAUAAAAAAGAGCAAACGCAUUCUAUACCCAGUGACGGUCAAGCGGUCUUCGCCUUGAAGCUUAAUCCUAUAGUGAGUUCGUUUGCCGAUUCUAUUGAUAGCGUGAUCGCGAACGUCAGCUCCGAGUGAUCCAGCCGUGUGACCAUUGUGAUACAGUCAAAGUGAUAAUUGAAUUUCGCGCAGCGCACAACACCGGCUAAGUGAGAAGAACAGCGCCAAUCAAAGCUAAUCGAGAGCAAUUUUCCAGCCAGCUUCGAGAAAAAAAGGUCAACCAAAGCAUCAAUUUUGUCCGAUUGCCGCUGUGCAAAAGUGAGAACCCAGUGCCAAUUGCUUGCUCAAACCUGCAGGGUAUCGUUUGAUUUAGUCUAAAAAUAGUGAUCGAAGAGAGUGUGCUUCACAGUUUCGUGAUAGUUUGCAAAGUCCCGCCGUGGAAAUGGCUGCAAUCAUGUUGAUCAGAUUGAUUUUGUCUUUGCUCGUCAUGAGCAAAUAUAUAGACUGUGCGAGAAUUUUGGCAAUUUUUCCGGUGCCGUUUAAAGAACAUCAGCUGGUGUACCGCCCGCUAAUAGAGCAAUUAGCUAAUCGGGGCCAUCAUAUAACACUGCUGACUACGGACCCGAUAGAUUUGCGAGUUGCAGGGAACGGAACGCUGAUAGAAAGGAUACAGCAAAUCGACGUCAGCUUCGUGUACAAUCUGCCCAUUCUGGAAGAUCUGAACACAAUCAGCUUGGAUGCGAAGGACAUGUUGAGGAACAUCUUCAACGUGAUGAGAAAGAUCUCCGAGGCAGAAUUACAGCACCCUUCGGUGCAGGAACUUAUCAAGGGUCGCGACCGUUUCGACUUGGUGAUGGUCGAGUGGUCCGGUGUGACCUUGAUGAACGCUUUCGCCCAUCAUUUCAAGGCUCCGCUGGUCGGUAUCGCCAAUGGGGGUGCCUUCAUCAACGCCCACGAAGCUUUCGGUAAUCCAAACCAUCCGGUUGGUUAUCCGAACAUUUUCAUGCCGUUUUCCGAGGACUUGAGCUUGCUGCAGCGGAUUUCCAGCGUGUUCUUUAACAUUUGGUACCGCUUCUAUUACUACACGGACGAAAUCCCCAAGCAGAACACCAUUGCCAGCGCAAACUUUGGUCCCAACCUACCGAACCUUAUCGAUAUUGAGCAAAGCGCUGACUUGCUGCUCGUCAACACAUACCAAGCGUUGGGAAAUGUUCGCCCGGUUGGUCCCACCACCGUCUAUCUCGGUGGAAUUCACCGGAAAGUAACCAUCGGCGACGAAAUCGGCGAAGAUCUUGCCCUGUUUCUAGAGCACUCCCGGGAACCAAUUAUCUACGUCAACAUGGACCUCGAUCCGGUGAUGGACCAGUACCGUUUGGAGAAGAUCAUCAAAGCCCUGGAAAGUAUCCACGCCACAAUCGUGUGGAACUGGAACGAGGGACAGCUGAUCAACACGUCCGCUCAAAUCUACCAGUCGUACAACCUCCCACAAGAGGACAUUCUCGCGCAUCCUAAGGUAAAAUUAUUCAUCACCAGCGGCGGUCAGCGGAACAUCGAGGACGCCGUUCAUCACCGAGUUCCGGUCCUUGGCGUGAGCUUUUCAACCUCGCUGGAGCACUAUCUGCGCCAGAUCUCCAAAUACGAAGCCGGUAUUAUAUCGCUCAUCGAUUUCGAAACGCAAACCACCAUUACCGACAAACUGCAAGAUGCCUUCCAGCUGGAAAUCUAUCAAUCGAACAUGGACAAACUCAACCGGCUGCUGGCGGACCAACCGUUGGAUUCCCUCGCACGGGCAGCGUGGUGGAUUGAGUACGUCAUCCGGCAUGGCGGGACGGGCCAUUUGCGCGCGCCGCAGCUCUCGUGGUUCCAGUACUUGAUGCUAGAUGUCACACUGACGGUUGCGGCCCUCGCUACAAUCUUCGCCCUGGCGGUAGUCUACUUUAUCGACCGGGCAGUGCGUUACUCGAAAAGUUUACCCAUCGAAAUGGUAACGCGGGGCAGCCGAAAAUGCAAGCUGCUGUGAGUGUCGGGAUGGGGGCUGACAGCCACAUUACCAGUUGCUUAUGAUGUUUAUAAGCAGUUCAUUUAUCUUCGAGAGCGCAUGAGAAAAUCGUAACGUUGAAUGGAAGAAGUGUUUUCAUUAUUUAGGUAGAAUACGUUUCAAUUUAGCUUUAAGAACGACAAAUUGUGAUAUUAAAUUUAAGUAUUGUUACCGAAACAAUGUAUCCUUUGUAAUAUAGUCAAGGAAAAACUGAAAAUAAAUUACCUGUAUAUUAUAUUAAUAAAGUAAAACAA